AUGGUGAGGCAGUUGGUCUGGCAGCGGGCAGUGGCCACUCACAAGGUAUCAUGUCUUACUCCUACCUAUCGACGAACCCUUGCGACAGCUGCGUCCAGCUCUCGCAUGCCCCCAUACCCGAAGAUCCUCCGAAACUUCGAAGAAGUGCGCCGCGUCCUAGGUUCCCAGCGCGCACUCACACUAGCCGAAAAGAUCUUGUAUUCUCAUUUAGAUAACGUGGAGGAAUCGCUACUCUCCAGCACCAACAAUGGCCGUGAUAUUCGCGGGCAAGCAAACCUCAAACUCAAGCCGGACCGUGUCGCCAUGCAAGAUGCUUCAGCACAAAUGGCGUUGUUACAAUUCAUGUCCUGCGGAUUACCGUCUACCGCGGUCCCAGCUAGUAUUCACUGUGAUCAUAUGAUUGUCGGAGAACGAGGCGCGGAUACCGAUUUACCUGCCUCGAUUCAGGGAAAUAAGGAAGUCUUUGAUUUCUUAGAAUCAGCUGCUAAGCGAUAUGGAAUUGAGUUUUGGCCUCCUGGUGCUGGUAUCAUCCAUCAAAAUGUUUUGGAAAACUACUCAGCUCCCGGUUUGAUGAUGCUUGGUACCGAUAGUCAUACCCCCAAUGCGGGAGGCUUGGGGGCUAUUGCUAUCGGUGUCGGCGGUGCUGAUGCAGUUGAUGCUUUGGUUGACGCACCGUGGGAAUUGAAGGCCCCUAAGAUCCUGGGAGUCCGGCUCGAAGGUCGUCUAAGCGGAUGGACUUCUCCCAAGGAUAUUAUCCUACAUCUUGCCGGUAAACUUACGGUUCGUGGUGGCACGGGCUUCGUUAUUGAAUAUCACGGACCUGGUGUCGAUACCCUCAGCUGUACUGGAAUGGCGACUAUUUGUAACAUGGGUGCUGAAGUUGGUGCUACAACGUCACUCUUCCCUUUCUCUCCUAACCACGUUCCAUAUCUCGAAGCCACCAAUCGUGCUGCUGUCGCUGCGGCAGCAGCGGAGAUUGCAGCUGCUGGGUCUCAGAGUUUACUCAGAGCUGAUAGCAAAGCUGAAUAUGAUCAAUUGAUUACCAUCGAUCUGGCCACCCUUGAGCCGCAUAUCAACGGACCCUUCACGCCAGACUUGUCCGUUCCGCUUUCAAAGUUUGCCGAAACAGUGAAGGAGAAUAAAUGGCCUGAAACAUUCGGUGCUGGACUUAUUGGUAGCUGCACAAACAGCUCAUACGAGGAUAUGACCCGUGCGGAGGACUUGGUCAAGCAAGCGUCUGCAGCCGGCUUGAAACCCAGAGCUGAUUUCUUCGUUACCCCCGGUAGCGAGCAAAUCCGCGCCACUCUCGAGCGGGAUCAGACGUUGUCUACUUUCUCUGCUGCCGGCGGCACCGUACUAGCCAAUGCAUGCGGUCCUUGCAUUGGUCAAUGGAAACGAACGGACGGAGUUGCAAAGGGCGAGGACAACGCUAUCCUGACUUCGUACAACCGUAACUUCCCAGGCCGUAACGAUGGAAACCGACGAACCAUGAAUUUCUUGGCAUCCCCAGAUAUUGUUACCGCAAUGAGCUAUUCAGGAAGCACUACAUUUAACCCCAUGACCGACUCGAUUCCUACACCUGACGGCGGCUCAUUCCGUUUCCAACCCCCUGUUGGCCAUAGUUUACCCAGUGCUGGUUUUGAGGAAGGAAACCCAGCUUUCCAACCUAGUGCUGCCGUGCCUGAUCCUUCAGUUGAAGUGGUUGUUUCGCCUACUUCGGACCGAUUGGCCAUUUUGGAGCCCUUUGCGCCGUUCCCAUCUCGCGAGCUUACAGGUCUCAAGGUUCUUUACAAAGUUAAGGGUCAAUGUACUACAGAUACUAUUUCCGCCGCAGGACCAUGGCUCAAGUACAAGGGCCAUCUCCCCAACAUCUCCGCAAACACAUUGAUUGGAGCCGUAAACGCCGAAACUGGAGAGACCAACGUCGCCUACGACGAGUCUGGUAACCACCACUCCAUUCCAGAGCUGGCUGAACAAUGGAAAUCCCAGGGUAGUGAAUGGUUAGUCGUUGCCGAAGACAACUACGGAGAAGGCAGUGCCCGUGAACACGCCGCACUCCAACCUCGCUACCUCGGUGGACGUAUCAUUGUGGCCAAAAGCUUUGCGCGUAUCCACGAAACCAACUUGAAGAAACAAGGUGUCGUACCUCUUACUUUCGCCGAUCGAGCAGACUAUGAUCGCAUCGGUGCAUGCGACCAAGUCGAUACGGUGGGGUUGUAUGAUUUGUUGAAGGCCGGUGGUCAGGGCGAAGUUAGUCUUAGAGUCACCAAGCAUAAGACGGGGGAUACGUUCACUAUUCCGGUCAAACAUACACUCAGUAAGGAUCAGUGUGGAUUUAUUCUUGCUGGAAGUGCGUUGAACUUGUUAGCCAAGAGGGGGCAAUAGUCCAACUUGAUAAAAGCGAUUCGCAUUGAUGUAUUUGUCUUGAUACGGUGUUUGGCGAUAUUGAUUAUAUAUACAGCCUGGGUCUAUUAUACCCAAUAAAAUAUCAUUUUUUAUUU